AGCCGAGUGCAGAUGUGAGUUGCACAUGCGUCACUUUGCGACGAGUAGCCUCCAAGAUGCACCGGUAGUGACAAGCAGUCCCAGUGGAGAGCUGCUGGAUUUCCGAGACCAGGACCAGGACCAGAACAAGAGCGGAAUGGAGGAGGAGCAGCAGAAGCCGGAGCAGCGGAGCAACAAGGUCCCCAGAAGAGCAGCAGCAGGCUCGGCCUCUGAUAGCAGCGGUGUUCAGAAACGGAGAGGAAGAGGGGGACUCGGACAUCACAGCUGUCAGGACUGUGGCAAGUCCUUCACAUCAUCUGGAAGUUUAAAGAUUCAUCAGAGAGUUCACACUGGAGAGAAACCAUACAGCUGUGAACAAUGUGGGGCAGCUUUCACACAGUUAGGUACGCUCAAAACUCAUCAACUCAUUCACACUGGAGAUAAACCGUACAGCUGUGACCAAUGCGGGAAAACUUUUUCUCUGAGUGGUUACCUUAAAUGCCACCAACGCAUUCACACUGGAGAUAAACCGUACAGCUGUGAACAAUGCGGGAAAACAUUUUCUCAGAGUGGUCACCUUAAAACCCACCAACUCAUUCACACUGGAGAUAAACCGUACAGCUGUGAACAAUGCGGAGCAGCAUUCACAACGUUGGGUAGUUUUAAAGCCCACCAACGUAUUCAUACUGGAGAUAAACCGUACAGCUGUGAACAAUGUGGGGCAGGUUUCACACGGUUAGGUGGGCUCAAAAGUCAUCAACUCAUUCACACUGGAGAGAAGCCAUACAGCUGUGAACAAUGUGGGACAACUUUUUCUCAGCGUGGUACCCUUAAAGUCCACCAACGCAUUCACACUGGAGAUAAACCGUACAGCUGUGAACAAUGCGAAGCAACUUUCUCAAAGUUAUCUAUCUUGAAUGCCCACCGACGAGUUCACACUGGAGAGAAGCCUUUUUGGUGUGAACAGUGUGAGAAAACCUUUUCUCGUGGUGAUACCCUUAAAGUCCACCAACGCAUUCACACUGGAGAUAAACCGUACAGCUGUGAACAAUGUGGGGCAGCUUUCACACAGUUAUCUAUCUUAAAUGCCCACCGACGUGUUCACACUGGAGAGAAGCCAUUCUGGUGUGAACAAUGUGGGAAAACAUUUUCUGAGAGUGGUCACCUUAAAGCCCACCAACGCAUUCACACUGGAGAUAAACCGUACAGCUGUGACCAAUGCGGAGCAGCAUUCACACAGUUAUCUAAUUUAAAAUCCCACCGACGUGUUCACACUGGAGAGAAGCCGUUCUGGUGUGAACAAUGUGGGAAAACUUUUUCUCGGGGUGAUGCCCUUAAAGCCCACCAACGCAUUCACACUGGAGAUAAACCGCACAGCUGUGAACAAUGUGGGGCAUCUUUCUCAGACUUAUCUAACUUAAAAUCCCACCGACGUGUUCACACUGGAGAGAAGCCGUUCUGGUGUGAACAAUGUGGGAAAACUUUUUCUCAGAGUUGUAGCCUUAAAAGACACCAACUCAUUCACACUGGCUCCUCUUGAACAUGUUCUAAAGCCAAGCUGUUGUUAGAGAGGAGAGAGGGAACAAAUAGCGUGAGUCAAGACGCUGUUUACUACCCAGAUAACAAAAGAGAGCAGUCCCGAGCCCAAAGUAGCCGAGGUCCAGGACCACUUGCAGGCACUAACCUGCUUGAUAAAUAUGGAAGAAGAACAACGUGGGGAAUAUGUUCGAGCACAUAAUAUUGGGUCAAAAAGAGCAUGUAAAGAUGACAAGUGAAAAUCAGUGCAGUGAAAACCACGAUGAGUGUAACAUAACAGUUGUUUUCCAAGGAAUCAGAUGAUGAGAUAUUCAUGGUUGAAGCUUGUAGAAGAAAAUGAUUUACCAGUUUUAGUCUCAUUUUAUCCUAAUAUCCUCUUUCUGUUCACUGAUUAAGUUGAUCAUAUUUUAUCUGAUUUAUUAAAACAUUUUUAUCUUGUGUUCUGUAACUGAAUGUUAUUAACAAUAUACACCAAGAGAUGGAAUUGUUUUUGGAUAUAUGACUGUUAACAUUUAUAUUUUACUUAAUUACUUCAUGUAUUCAUGUGUUUUGUUGAAGAAUAUUGUGAGUUGUGUUUAUAGGUUUUAUUUUUUCCUCUUAUUUUGUUGAAGCUGGUCAUGUUGUUCAUACGUGUGUGAUCACUUGAAGAGUAGUAAUGUAGACUCACUGUAAUCUGAACACUUGAUAUUACCCCACAAACUAUGAAUAAAUACUUUUUGACAAUCUAUACUAUGACGUUUUUAUUUAAAUUUUUUUUGACAUACUUAACUAUCACUUUUUGUGACUUUUAGACAUUUCAUGAACUUUUUUUGACUUCAUGUACUUUUUCUGGCUCUUUAUGACAUCCUAGACUGUGACCUUCGUGCCUUUCUCCGUUAGCAUGUGUUAGCAUAUGUCUGGCUCUACUAUGAUUCUGUCUGUCUGAUUGUAGAUAAAACGGAGAGGAAGAGGGAAGACUCGGGCUGUUUCUCAAUCUCAAGAAUACAAAGAACAGACUCGUGUUUUUUGGGAGAACCUUCUUGCUGGUUGUUCUUGGAAGAAUGAACUCAAGUUCACAAGCACAGAAAAUGCUGUACACACACACAACACACACACACUACUCCAGUUUGGAAUGAUAGAUACAUCGGUCGGAGUCGAACCUGCGGCUGCUGCAUCGAGGAGUUAACCUCUG